ACUUUUCUUAUACCUUAGCCAAACCCAAUCUUAUCAAAAUUUCCUCUUAUAAUUUUUGGAUUUAUUGCAUAGAUUACAUUCUUAAAGCAUCGCUUUUGCAAAAACAAAAGUGGUUUGGUUUAUAUAUGGCAAUAAUAAAUCCAUCAAGGAUCACUAUUCGAGCAUUCAAGGAAAGUGACAUAGAUGAUGUGUUAUUAUGGCUAGGAGAUGAAAGAGUAAUUGAGGAUACUCGAUUGGAAACUUGUAAUUCAAAGAAAGAAGCUUUGGAUUUCAUAAAAAAUGAAUGCAUUUACCCAAUCCGCCAAUCAAUAUGUCUUGAUGACCACUCCAUUGGAAUGGUUUGGAUUCUUCCUCAUGCUAAUGAUGAGAAAUAUAAAGCAGAUAUGGGUUAUGCUAUUGGAUUCAACUAUUGGGGUCAAGGGAUUGCCACUAAUGCAGUGAAGAUUCUUCUGUCAAAAGUGUUCCAUGAGUUCCCAGAUUUGAGAAGGUUGCAAGCUUAUACUGUUCUACAGAACAUAGCUUCUCAGAGGGUGUUGGAAAAGGUAGGGUUCCAUAAAGAGGGUAUGCUCAGAAAGGUUUUUUAUUUUAAAGGAAACUUUGUGGAUUUUUAUAUUUUUAGCUUUCUUUGGACAGAUGAAAUUCCCUCUGUUGUUUAGUUAGUAUUUUAGUUGUAUUUGGUGUUAUAGGAAUAUCAGUUUUAAGUUUUAAAAUAAAUUGCACCUCUUUAUAAAUGAGAGAGAUCAUUCGAUUUUCUUUUCAAUUCUAGCGAGUUUGUCUUCACACUUAUGAGUUGUUGAGUAAUCUCAUAGCUACUUAGCGAUAUAAUAGAGUAAUUUGGCCUUUUUUUGGCAGUGUCUUAUAAAUUUAAGACUUUCUAAUUUAAAUUAUUAAAGUGGCUAGAGAUUUUGAUAGAGUUAGCAUUAAGAUGCUCAAGUUAAUGAAAUGAGGAAGGAAAGUGUGCGAAAAGUGGUGAAAAUGUCAUCGUACCUCAAGUGUGGCGUGGAGCCACACUUAUAUAGCAUAGCACAACUGUAACUAACUAUGUAAUGCGGCGACGAGAUAUGCAGGAGAUUGUUUGAGAUCAUAUGAGUGGUGCAGGUUGGAUGAGAUGCGCUUCUGUGCAGUGAGGCACGCAUGAAAUCUUCUAUGUUUUCUUGAAUGACGUGGAUUAUCGGUUAAUGUGUAGUCAUGCAUUGGAUUUGUGAUGUGGGUUGAGGCCCAUUCCGAAACAAUUGCCCCAAGCCCUUAUUGUCUUUAUGACAUAAGAAGCUUCAGAAGGAGACAAGCUUGAUAACAACUUAUGACUUUGGGCAGAGCAUAGUUGAGAAAAGUGCACCUCCGUGUUUAUGGAGAUGAUGCGUUUUGAUAUUCCUUUGUUUUUCAUCUGUUAUGUGUGCAGCGGGCAGAGACUGGCUCUUGCCGCCCACAUAGGUUUGUCUUUAAGGCAAGACAAGAAUUUCUUUGAAGUUAACUCUAACUCUCUGCCAUUGUUAAAAGAUAAAUACUUCCUUGUGCUACCGUUGAAUAAAGCUUCCCGUGAGACUUUUUGCGACCUACCGGUGGGUUUUGACAAAAAAGUCAAGGGUUAAUAGAGUUUUACUCCCCUGUAAUA